AUAUUUCCGGGGCUGCUUCAGGAAUGUAAACUAUUCAACAUGGAGACAGUUGAUAAGCUGGAGGCGAUGUUCCAGAAAGCAGAAGCUGAUAUCGAAUAUGUGGAAAAGCGGCUUAAAUUUGACUUCAUGGCCAGUGCGCGAGAAGCUGGCACAUUUGAGGGAAACCCCGUUGAGUUGUUGGAGAAUCUGUCGGCGAUCAAAGCACGUCAUGCGGCUCUGUGUGCACAGGUGGAAGAGAUCGCGGCAGAACAGAAACGAUCCAUGGACUCCAUACGAGCUCAUCUGGACACCACAGUGCAGCUGGUUCAACAACUGCAGAACACGGCAGAUGUGCAGGUUCCACCACUGACAGAAGAAGAACAAGAAGCAAGAGAUGCUCUCUGCUCAUCUGUUGCUGCUUUAAAUGUAGAGGCCAUGCCUACAUCAGAACCUCAAUCUCAAGCACAGUCUGAAGCACAAAAUGUCCAUGAAGAUGUGUCUGAAAAGACAUUUGAGACUGUCCCACGAAGUGUACGUGGUAACUUGAAGCUGAAAGACCUCAACGCUCUUUAUAAGCAGUUAUUUGAGCACUUCUCCGAUAAGAGCAGGGGGCCGAUAAGCACUCAGAGGAUGAAGAAGUUAAACAUGAAAGUCAACGAUUCUGCACUGAAAACGUUACAGCACCUUAAGCUCAUUGAACUUGACAAAAAAGGACUUGUGUCAUUGCUGGCCAACGACUGAAAAAUGGACCAAAAAGAGUACAACGCUUCCAGUUCCUUCCACAUAUCUGCUGAUUGGACCAAUGAAGGGCACUAGAAAGCAUUUCAAAAAUACUGUGUUCACAACCAGUACAAUCAAGACUGCAUAUGAAAAAAAAAAAUGAAAAUUCUUUUUUGGAAGAAACAUAUUUUGGCCCCUUCACGCUGCUCAAUUUAAAUUAUAUCAUGACCUGUUGUAGAAUCAUUAGACUUGUACAAGAAAGAAAGUGUACAGCAUUCAAGUUUAUAUAUAUUUUUUGUAAAGUGAAACCGCUGUUUGUGUAACUGCAGACAGAUGAAGGAGAUGCCAUUUGAACAUGAAUCAGUGUGUUCAUUUUUCCAGGUCAUGUAUGCAAUAAAUUCUCUUUUUGUA